ACUCUCUGGUCAUUUCUGCCUGGAGAUCGAAACGGAGAGGAUCGUAGAGAAAAUACUUUGAAUCGAACUAGAUUUGAAAUUUAUCUAUAGCUACAGCAUUGACGGACCAAGGACGACAUGAAGUGUUUCAUCCUGCUUUUAGGAAUAGCCCUACAUUCCUCAUCUGCCGUGAUUCACUCCUGGAAAGCCUUUUUAACAGCUAGCACAGGGCUUAGCGACUUCCCUGAGUUUGUGGCUCUGAACCUGGUGGAUGACGAACUGAUGGGCUACUUCGACACCAAGACCAACCGCUUUGAGGGCAAACAGAGCUGGGUGGAGGAGAAACUGGGACAGCAGUAUGUGGAGCAAGAGUCAAACAUUCUUAGGGGCACCUCACAAUCUUUCAAAGCCAAUGUGGGAAUUGCCAUGGAGCGCUUCAACCAAACGAAAGGAGUUCACACAUUCCAGCUGAUGUAUGGCUGUGAGCUGGGGGAUGACGGCAUCACUCGAGGAGACUUUCAGUUUGGUUAUGAUGGAGCAGAUUUCCUCAGUCUGGACAAGAGCACUCUCACCUGGACUGCUGCCAACCAGAAAGCUGUCAUCACCAAGCUUAAGUGGGAUGCUACCGGAGCUUUUGCGAACUUUCAGAAGAAUUAUCUAGAAAACACAUGCAUUGAGUGGCUUAAGAAGUAUGUCAACUAUGGCAAAGACACUUUGGAAAGGAAAGUCCCUCCCUCAGUGUCUCUGCUCCAGAAGACCCCCUCCUCUCCAGUGACCUGCCACGCUACAGGUUUCUACCCCAGUGGAGUCAUGGUGCUCUGGCAGAAAGACGGACAAGAACAGCAUGGAGAUGUGGAGCAUGGAGAGAUCCUCCAAAACGAUGACGGAACCUUCCAGAAAAGCACCCACCUGACAGUGACGCCUGAGGAGUGGAAGAACAACAACUAUCAGUGUGUGGUUCAACUCACGGGUAUCGAGGAGGACACCAUCAAGGUUUUGAUUGAGUCUGAGAUCCAGACCAACUUUGGAAAGACCAACAGGGGUUCAAAUGACCCAAACACCAUUGGCCCCAUCAUUGGAGGGGUGGUAGCUCUCCUGGUCAUCAUUGCUGUUGUUGCAGGGGUCGUCAUUUGGAAGAAGAAAAACAAGAAAGGCUUUGUUCCGGCCAGCACUUCCGACACUGACUCUGAGAACUCUGGGAGAGCUGCCCAGCAGAUUUGAGACCUCUGCUCUUCUGUAACAUCAGAGAAGGAGCUGAAGAGGAACUUCUCAAGAACAUAACACACGUAUACUUGCACACACACACACACACACACAACACAGGAGGUUGGUGUCACCUUAAUUGGGUAGAGCGGGCUUGCGGAAUGAGUGGAAUGGUACCAAAUACAUCAACACAUGGUUUGAUCUACUCCGUUCCUACUCCAUUCCAACCAUUAUUAUGAGCUGUCCUCCCCUCUGAAGCCUCCUGUGACACACACACUGUAAACACAGAUCCAACAUCAACAAAAAAAUCUGCUGUAAAAAAUAUUAUUUGGUGAUUUUCAUUUGAACAGUUUUACUUUCAUUUAAUCUAUGGUUUGGCUUUUUAAAGUGUUGUAAUGUGUUUUGAAUUGUUAAAUGUUAUAUUGCCACUGUGUGAGGUUUAUCUCAUUCUUACAGGUAUACUAGAAUCAAUGGAACACCAUGAAAGUGUCUUUCUGGAAAGGAUUAGAUUGUUGUGAGAUGUUAAAUUAAGAUUUUAACUUAGAUUAUUCUACAAAUAAAAAAAUUAAUUAGCUUGAUUUUCUCUUAACUGAAGCCAUAAAAACAACCACAUUUAAAAGAUAUUGCUGUAAACCAGAAAAACMUAAUUAUUUUGUGUAGUUUAGCUGCACAUGUGUGUAGGUUUUAGUGGGAUAACAUACAGUAAUUGUGUGUGACAUGUUCGAACUUUGCUCACACUGUCUUGUUUAAUUGUAUGGCCAUAAACCAGACGAGGCCUAUCAUCCACAUGUUCCAUUUGUAAAUGUUUCUCUUAACGAAAGUGGCUUUAUUGCUCUAGUUUUUAUGAUACGUUUGAUUUCUGAUAUGUUUUGGGGGUAGUUGGUUGUGUAAAAAUAAGUUGGUGAUGGGGCAAGUUGAACAAUUAUUUUAUUGCAACUGUUUGUGCUUUGUACAUUAUGGAUGCUCUACACAGCAAUGAUCUACCAAAUCUAAUACAAGUCCAGAAAACAGGAUAGUAAAUGUGAUCCAUUUAAGAGAUACAUAAUGAAGCAGCGAAACAACAAAUUAGAGACCAAAUUCAUGCGUUCUGUCAUAAUGUUCUUACAUUUACAUUACAUUUAAGUCACCUUUCAAUAAAGUCUACACAAUGUUAA